UCCGUUUUUUUCUCUUAAUGACAUCGCUUAUGCUUACUGCGAGGUUGACCGGAAUCCAUAUUUGGCUGGUUUAAUUCUAUAUGAAAUGCAUGGGAUCCCUCCUUUAGUUUCCACUGAUCAAUUUAACAACAAGCGGAUCAACCAGUUUCAACCAUUACUGAUGAGUGUAGUGGCAAUGGGAAAAAGUAUGAAUCUAUGGAAUCAUCUUGUUGUAAUAGUUUUCAGAGUUCUUGUCAAGCAAAUGGGGAUUUAAGAUCUCCGAAGCAAAAGGCGAGACCGAUUUCAGGAGGCACUCUUUCGAGCAUGCUAGGAAAAGGGCUUAUGAAAUCUGUCAUUUGGCUAAUGGUUCGUAUUCGGGACCAAACCUAUGAAAGUGGACUCAAAGGAGAUGCUAAUGUCUUUGUUUUGGGGUGAAGAAUUCGAAUCCAGUAGUCGGAACGAGGAUUGUAUGUACAAGGAUAUGGAAGAUUUUCUUUUCAAGAUGCUAGGAGAGGAAUUUCGAUUGGAAAGGGAUGCGAUUCAAGAAGUUCUGAAUAGAUGUGGAUACAACAUGCAAAAGGUUGUUGAUGCUUUUGUUAAGGGGGAUCAAGAUCAAGCAAACAAAAUUCUCGAACAGGAACACUGAGAUAGGAGAAGAAAUGUUGCUUGAGUUGCACGAUCAUCGCAUAAGGGAGGCAAUCCAACUUUUGAAGUAUCACCUAUCUUCACUACCCGACAUCCUAUAUAAUUUUUUGAUGCUGUAAAAUUUAACAUAUAGAUUAUGACGUAUAAGUUAAUGACAUCAUGUAACUUUUUAUUAAUGUAUGAAUUUAUGUUUGGAUAUAAAAUAUAAUUCUCAAGUUAUUUAUUACUUCUAA